AUGAACAAUUUAAAGACUAAAAAUAUUAACGAAUCCGCAUGCGGACAUGUUUUUAAUAAAGGCUCCAACGAGAUUCGAACUCGUGACCCCUUCCUAACUCUUCCUUUACUAGGGAAGAACAGAGAUGAUUGUAGUAUUUUAAAAGUAGUUUCAAGUCAACCUUCGUUUAGAUUAUCAAACUAUGGUGCAGAUAUACCGGGUUGUGGACCACCUGGCAGUACACCUUGUAAGACACUAUCCUAUAUCUCCAAGGUGGUUCAUACACAGCCGCGAUCUUCAACCUACUCGAAAUGUGAUUCCUUUACGGCACCGUGUCAGCCGGUCGUUGUCUAUCUCGAAGAUCAGAUCUAUACAGACCCAGGAAAUUUCAACCUAACCAUAAUCAACCAACAAAUCUGGUUAAUCGGUAAAUCAAUGAAUACAACCAUAUUCGAUUGUCAAAAUAAUAAAUCAUUUUUAGCAUUGUCAAAUUCAUCAUUUGUAAGAUUAACAGAUGUAACUAUUCAGAGAUGUAAAUCGAACGAUGGUGGUUCCGCCGUCUAUAUUUUGAAUUCCAGUUAUUUCGAGUGUGAGAGAUGUCGGUUCAUUCGCAAUUCAAGUCCAACAGGUUCAGGUGGUGCAAUUUCUUGUCUAAAUGCAAUAUUAUUUAUUAGAGAUUCAUUGUUUCAAGUUAAUUCAGUAAGACAAAACGGAGGAGCGAUUGCACUUGGAUUCUCAAUAUGUCGAAUACACAAUACAAAGUUUAUAAGUAAUGCAUCUUCCAAUGGCAAAGGCGGUGCACUCUACAAUUCAUUUGGCAAUAUGACACUGUCCUACAGUCAAUUCUACUAUAAUAUUGCACCUACUUCUGGUGCUGUUGAUUUAAAUGGUCUUGGUAAUAGAAUCAUCAAUUGUUUAUUCAUAAGGAAUCAUGCCAAUGUAGGAGGUGCUCUCGGUUCUUAUUAUCUAACCUAUUUGAAAGCUUUCAAUUUGCGAUUCUCUCAUAACACUGCGAAUCUUACGAGUGGUGCUGUAUUCGUUGCAACUGAAUCAAUUGGAAGCUUCUCAGUAUGUAUAUUCAAUGGAAACUAUGCACCUAACAGUGGUAUUCUAGAGAGUCACGCUUCACUGACGUUGAAUGUCGAACUAACGAUAUUUGCAAACUCAACACAACUUGUAAAUGCACAGAUUGCACUCUACGAUAGUUACAGUCGAUUCAGACUCAUCAAUUGUGCAUUCACCAACUUGACGGGUCCUGCUUUUCUAUCGGAUGCAAUGUCAGUUACACUAAUCUAUUAUUCUACAUUUACAAAUAUAAGUAAAACAAUAUUAUCAUUUGUACAUCAAGCUGCGCUGGCAAUGGCAGGUUGUACAUUUACAAACAAUACAGUGACCGACUCGAUUAUCUAUCAAGAGUUUAGUUCAGUAGCUGCCAUAUUCAAUUGCACGUUUGCCAACAACUCUGCACCAAACAUCAUUAGAACGUUCUACGAAUCACAUCUGUUGAUCUACAACAACAUCUUUGCCUUCAAUCAAGUUACCAAUGCCGUAAUCCUACUUAGAUUCGAAUAUCUAACGAUAGCACGUAGUAAUCAUUUCAUUUCAAAUAGAGGUAGUAAUAGAGGAUGUUGUUUUGAAGUAGAUCAAACAGGAUCGAUUCAAUCUUGUCUCUCAGAGUAUAGGAAUAACUCAUCGCCUUGGGGACCUAUCAUUUUCUUGACGGCAUCGAAUAUUAUGGGUCCGAGUGGAAAAUCGAUCAGUCUAACCGGUGAUCAAUUCAUCGAUAACUAUGCAAGUCAAUCCGGUAUCUUGUUUUACUACUAUCACAAUGUAACGAGUGCAAUCUACUAUAACAACAACUCUGAUACACUGUCGACCAACACCGACGUCUACAACACCUCAAAGUACAUACGUAGUGGCUACGAAUACUUUACCGUAACGAUGCCACAACAGAUCUACCCGUUUGAACUACUCAACAUAACGAUCGACGUCUACGACUACUUUGGCAAUCUGGUGGUUGGUCGUACCGAUCUUGCAUUCUUUGUGGUGCCAUGCAGCAAUAUCUACGUGGAGGGUCAGACAUCGGGUAUUCUAAACACCGAGGGUCAUGCUUAUAUUUCGGGCUUGCGAUUCUCUGCCAAUCCAGGUGACACCUGUAAUCUGACGUUCGUAUCGGUGCCGACCGGCUCGAUAUUCGGUCCGCUCAACUUCCCCAUUAGCUUUACGGCGUGUCCCAGUGGCAUGGUGCAUCUAAAGACCUACGUCUACUACUGCUUGACAAGCAUCAAUAUAUCGAUCAUUCCCAAGAUCAUCGUUGGUGUCAUCCUAUCUGGUUCUUUCUUCUUACAUAAAACAGAUUUUGUUUGUAGAAUACCUCUUAUAUUCUUACCACUAUCUAUCUUCUUGGUAACGAAUGCAGUGUUUGUUAAACAAUUCAGUAUGUGGAGAUUAGUAGAAGAUAUUGAAUACCUCAGAGAAACUAUUGUAGAGAAUAAGUAUCUAUUAAAGUUUGUUGCAUUUUUAAUGAUAUUCCCAUGUUUCCUUGUUUUAUUAAGUAAUAUUAUUCAUAAAACAAAAGCAUCGUAUUCAUAUGACUUUGCAAAGUUUAAUGCAAUCUAUUAUUGUCAAACCAAGAAUUUCUAUAUAUUCUUUAUUAUCUAUAUCAUCUAUCAGGCUAUCAUUCUGUUGUUUGGUUGUUACUUGGUCGUUAAACACAUCGAAGAGCAAGAGAAUAGCAUACAGAAGAACAAAGAGGUAUUACAGUUCUACAAUAUGUAUAUGGAUGACUCUGCCAGUCGCACCACCGAAGAUAGCAGCAGCAGUAGCGUCGAUAUGAAUCCCGAUUCAAGUGGUGUAUCUCACGAUGAAGACGAUGACGAUUACAUUGAUUUUAAUCAAAAUAUCAAUAACACCAACAACAACAAUAAUAAUAAUACAAAUAACAACAACAACAACAACAACAAUAACAACAACAACAACAAAUCAAAAAAGAAGAAUGAUAAACAACAACAACAGCAACAACAACAACAGUCAUCUUCAAGUGGUGGAAAACCACCAAUUGGUAAUAAUUCAUCUGCAACAAGUAGACUCAAUCAAAAGAGUGUCAGAGAAUUGACUGUUGCCGAUAUUGAAGCAAUCGUUGCCAAUGCUAAUAGAACAUCCUCUAAAAUGGAUGAUGAUGAUGAAGAUGAUUACCAUACAAAUAAUAAUAACAAUAAUAAUAAUAAUGGUGAAGAAGGAGAUGAUGAUAUGAUUGAUUUCAACGAACAUAUUAGACAUUUAGAUGAGACACACCAAAAGAAUGUAAGACCAAAAAAGAAAACAUCAGUACGUCAAACAAUCAAAGAACAACUACUAAGAAAUAGAAAAUCUAAUUCUGAACCAUCAACUCCACUAUCAAAUAAACAUUACUGA